AUGUGUUGUUAAUAUGUAUACGUGAAGAAGACAUAAAAACAGAAUAUUCUCUUUUUCAUACCUCAGUCCCCAGAGUCACUUUAUUUUCAACUGCAGAAACUAUACUAUCAUACAUUUGUCAAUUAUUAAAAAAGUAUUUAACAGAAGAGGCACAAAAAAUUCAAGAAGAUCAAAUAAUUCAAGCCCUUCAUUAUCAUGUUAAUCUUAAUGAUUCUAACCUGUUCAAUAAUGAAAACCUUACUACUAUUAUUGCAAAGGCUUCUCUUGACCUUGUUGAUACCAUCACCCCAAAAUUUAAGAAAGAUAUUAAUUCAAGUAAUCAGUUCAGUAUGAAUAUAAGUUAUUUUAAUAUGCUAAAUAAAGAUCAUUCGGAUAUGGUACAAGAUAUUAAAGAAGGAUUUAUUGAAGAGCAUCAGUUAUAUGAUAAAUAUUUAAAAGAGCAACAAGUAGAAAAGUCUGAUGUGGAUAAUGAUAAAGAAAGUUGUAACGAAUCUGAUAAAGAAAAUUUUAGUGCCAAAGAUUUAGUAAAUUCUCAUAAAUGCAAAGAAAAGAGAAGGCCAAAAGGAACAGAUAGAAAAUGA